AUGACGCUCUCGCUGUCCUCCAAGCUGGCGCCGCUUUACGAGCCGCGGCUGAAGGCCAAAGAGGGAAUUUCUGCUGCAGCGAAAGCUGAAGAACUUUCGAAAGCGAGUGAGGCAGCAGCAGCAGAUCGUGGAGCAUUUGGGGAGGAAAGCUCGGAAUUGAGAGCUGAAAACGCUCGAAAUGCAGUUCAAGUGCUUCUUAAAAUUAAUAUUUAUUAUUUUUCUAUUUUCCCUUUUUUUCGCUUUUUUUCAGCCCGAAAUUCCGCAAAUGCCAAAAAUUCAACUUCCAAACCUGAACAAGAUUCCUCUUCGCGCGCAGCGCUGGUGGCCGCGCUUUGCGCAGCAGUUCAAGAAAAGAUCGCCAAGCAAAAGUCCUUCAAAAUUCUGGCCAGCAAAUGCAUUUUGAAAUCGAAAAACAAUUCCGGAAAUGGAGACCAAGACAAGAAAGGCGCAGCUCUGCAGCAGCAGCAGCAGCAGCAGCCUCUUGCUGCUGCUGCUGCUGCUGCUGCUGCCGACGCAGUGCAGCAAGAAAAAGCUCUUUGCGAAUUAAUUGAACCCGAAAAGCCCAUUUCUGACUCCGAGAAAAAGACCAGCAGCAAGUGGCUUUCUUCGGUCUUCAAACAAAUUAACAACAAGACAAACAAUCAACCAGAAGUGAGUUUUGCUGCAGUGCCAGCAGCAGCCCAGUGA